UGGGGUAUGGCAGUGAUCAGAACACUGAUAUAGGGUAUGGCGGUGAUCAGGACGCUGGUAUGGGGGUAUGGUGGUUAUCAGGACGCUGUUAUGGGGGUAUGGCGGUUAUCAGGACGCUGGUAUGGGGUAUGGUGGUGAUCAGGACGCUAGUAUGGGUUAUGGCGGUGAUCAGGACGCUGGUAUGGGUUAUGGCGGUGAUCAGGACGCUGGUAUUGGGGUAUGGCGGUGCUCAGGAUGCUGGUAUUGGGGUAUGGCGGUGAUCAGGACGCUGGUAUGGGGUAUGGCGGUGAUCAGGACGCUGGUAUGG